CCUGCAAGCUGAGCCGCCUGCGUCCUGCAAGCCCGGAGUCCGACCCCCCAACAUACCCCGAGAAGACCCCGCCGAUCACCAGAGGGAGGGCAGGAGGGGCAGAAGAUGCCGGUGGAAGCCACAAAAGCCGAGGAGACCCCCCACCAGGAUGCGAUGAUCCAGCAUGUUGGAGCAGGACUGUCUCCGGUGGCUUCUGCCGCCUCGACUCCGAGCGGCGACUCCACUACCCCCAAGGCGUUGAGUCCCCUCCAGGAGUCUCCGCUGCUGACCGAGCCGCACGAUGCAGGCAGAGCUCUGGCUUCCGGGUAUCUCCGGACGAAGGAAGGAGACCGGCCUCAGCCCGAGGGGGCCAGCAGCGAAACGUCGGCCGGCUCCACCGCAUCCGCUCCCAGUCUGGGCUCCGAGGCUUCCGGUGAUCCGACCGCAGCGACCGAGGAGACGUCUGCAGAGGUCCAGAAGGUCCACGAAGCCCCCGAAUCGAUGCCCGACGCGCUGGAAACCAGAAUAGUGAUGGGGGAAGAAACGUCUUGUAACAACGAGGAAAGGGGCAGCGCGAAUAAAGGCGAUUCCAGGAGCAGGUCUGCCUCUGCGGACUCUUUACCUGGGUCUUCAAUGCACUUACGGGACCCAAAAGCCGGAGUCUCCGAGGAGGACCCCGGACAGGAGGGGGGCAGAGACGUUGCUGCGUCAGGGUGUUCUGCUGUUUUGCACUUGGAGUGUAACGAGUCCAGCAAAGCGCAUGCUCCGGAAGAAAGUUUCUUUUCUCAGGGUGAAGCAGUAGCUGAUGUGCCUUCAUUAUUUCCCGAACCCACCAAAGAGCCACCCUGCAGCUCGGCGGAAUGCGACGGUCUGCCGGUACAGAGUAAGCUUGCAUGCAGCAUUGACUCAGACCUUUACACCACCGCUCCUUCCACUCCGAUAAAGACCAUCUACUCGCAUCUCAAGUAUCAUCCCUACACGAAGGGCGGCUUCAACGAUGAUCAAAACGACACAGAGAACGAGAGUUUGUCUUCACCCCCCACGUCCCCUUCAGGGUCCUACAUGACUGCCGAAGGGGGGAGCUGGGGUUCCUCGGCCACGUCUAGCGGGUCCCCUUCCUGUUCUCCAAAUCUGAUGGCCGAGGCCGACACCAUGGAAGCUUCCAAUUCAUACACAGACCCCUCGGCUGCCGAGGAAGACGUUCCUUGCGAAGACCCCUGUUGUAUGUCGCCUGACAUGCUGGAGGACGAGGAUAUCACGGAAUUAUGUGGUGGAGAUAGUCAGCCCGAAGACUUCGGUUCAACCAAUGAGGACGCCAUAGAUCAAGACGGUGGCCGGUCAAGUGCAGAAGAGGAGGAUGAGGAUGAAGAUGAAUGGGAAACAGACUUUGCCCCGUCCUUUACAAGUUUGCCUUUGUGUUCCGAGUACGUUAGUGCUGAGACUUCAUUUUCCCCUGCUCUGUAUGACCCCCAACAAACACGAAUGCUAAGCGGCCCUUCAGAAAGCGAUGGGACCCUGCAGCCAAUAUGUCCGCUGGCCAGCCUUCAAAGUGCUGAAAACGACCAAAUGAUUCCCGCUUUCAUGUUACCUUUCCACGGAAGUUUGAUUUUUGAAGCGGAAUCGAUGGAAAUCACGUUGUUUCCUCAAGGAGAGUCUGUUGAGAGUGAGGUGACCGACGGGGAGGAAGAAGAGGAAGAAGAAGAUGAAGACGAUGACAGCACUUCCGCUUCCCUCCUUCACUCAUUGUCAGAAACUUCCAUCAACGAAGGAGUAGAUGAGUCCUUUGCAUACCAAGACGACACAUCUGAGUCGUCAGAUUCUGCAUCUUACGAUGGCGAGGAGGAUGAAAAGCGCUACAGCACAGAGCAGUACACCAUAACGACGGAUUCCCCGCCACAAGCCACCGAGGCACCCUCUGGCACCCAGCUCAAUUCAUCCAAUUCAGGCUGCGAGAGCGACAUGGAGACGUCGUCGGAGCUAUCCGACACGGACAACGAAUGCGCAGAGUUCACGGAAGUUGUCGGGAACCCUGGAGAUCUUUCAAAAGUCGGGGAACGUGCCUCGGGCCAGGUGAACCCCAGUUUCAUGGAGAACCAAGCUAAUGAGAAAGAAGACAAAGAACCAAGUGACGAGGAAUACCAAGACGCUGACCGGUUACCAAAUGUAGCACAACCCUCGUUAUCCGACCGGCUUGGUGCCUCUCACGACAGCUCAAGUGAACAAGAGGAGUCCAGCAACAGCAACGCCCGACACGAAGAGGCAAACAGAGAACGCGUAAGGAGCGCGUUAGUUCUCACAUCAGAACCUCACAACGAUUCACAGUUUGUAGAUAGACUGGACAACCGAGAUGAGGCAACCGGGUCCUGGUCUGAUAGUCCGGUAGAACAGCAGUCUUCCUCGUCGGAGCUGGAUAACGUCCUUCAGACACGUCAUGCUGGUGAAUGUCUGAUUGCUUGUUUCGAUACAGAUGAAGAACUUGACACUUUACCCCCACUGAACACCACCGCAGAAAGCAUAAGAGAACAAGUCAGAGACUGCGAACGAAGUGGACGGCAAACGUCCAUGGCCAUCGAGAUAACCAAAGAUGACGAUCGUAUCCUUUCUCGUUCCGAAGACCUGGGGAGUUUUGACUCGAGCAGCGGAAACGAUCUGUCAGAGUCCCCCAAGCAGACGGAGGUCUCUUUAGAUUAUGCUAUCGACCCCGGGGACCUGGGAAGGUUUAAUAGGGACUUGGAAAUUACAGAACUUGAAAAGAAAGACCUGGACUCGGAAAGCUGCACCCAACAUGAUUUCCAGGAGCAAAUGCCUGAGGGGGAAUGCUUGUUUGCCUGUUACGACUCUGAAGAUGACCUGGCUGAUGGAGCCGACCGUCCGUCGGUUCUCGAGCGGAUCUACAGACAUCAGGAGGAAGCAACUGCUAGUUACGGUUUAAACCAGGUAACUUAUGGUGCAGAAUCCAGCGUAUCGGCCUCAUAUAUGGAAGCAUCAGCGGCAGUGAUAACCGGUUCAGAGUCUCAAGACAAGCAUCCGGUGUCGAGCCCAAUACCCUUCAGUGAUGAAUAUCCUAGCGCUGAUAGACCUUCCCCUGGCCAACUUAUAACCAUAAUAAACAAUUCAGAGGAGAGACACGGAAAGGCUGCAACUUCUUCUAUUAACAGCGACCUAACCAAUACUGCAUACGGAAAAGGUCAAGAGUCCGUCGAGGGAAGACAUGAACUGGAAGACAUCCCAAAAGAUGAAACAUCUGUUCUGGAUACAGAAUCUGAGACGGCAGAGCUCAGCUGGCAAUCCACAGGUUUGGAUUCCUCUCUGCCAGAGAGCCCCGUUAUUCACAGCGACCUCGAUAAAUGUCCGUAUUAUUCAAGGAAGCGCAACAAAGAGGGUCCUCAGAACCAAAUCCCAGAAGACGAGGGCGCGAUAAUCUCCGACCGUUCUACCCACCGAACUCAAGCCACGGCUCUGUCAGAAAAUACGCGGCCUGACAACAAAUGCAAAGAUGAAAGUAAAUCUCACAGAGCAGAUGGCGACCAACCGGCUUCCAAAGAGCCACCAGAUCGAGAGCAAGGGGCGCGCCAAACCCUUCCUGACGCUCGUAUGGAUAGAGGAGGCUUUCCUAACCAGGCGAAUAUCCCUGUUUUACAUCGAAGCGACGUCUCAGGUGCUGCGCCGGACGUCAGUCUGGGAAAUAAAAACCUCCCGGUAUCGGAAAAUGAGGACGAGGACGGUUUACGGCUGACAAACCAACCGACGGCUCAGGAAACUGGAGACAUCGGAGUAGAAUGUGUGCCAGGAGGAGGCUUGGAUUUAAAUAACGAAACGACGGGCCGGGAAAAUGAAGGUCCCAAUGUUCCUGCGCGAACUGACCCUCAUCCAGAAGCAAGAGAAGAAUCUGCAGCCGGUGAGGAAACUCUGGACAAGCGCUUUGAUUCUUCUUCAGGAACGAAAGAUAUUUUGGCAGAACACAAAGCCGCUGCAUUGACCAAUAUUCUUACAUUUAACAAAGAUUCUACGUAUAGAAGUGGGGAUAUUUUUAAAGGAAAUACAGAAAGGGGUCUAAGCUCUCGGUUGUUUGGAGCAGAAGAUGGACGUUCAGAGGCCUUCGUUAGAAGUGACGAUGCGGAUUCAGAGUAUGCGGUCACAGAAGAACGAGCGACCGGAGCUGAGGCAUCUACACCAUGUGCAGACCUUUCCAAAUGUCCAAAUAUUAUUCUCCAAAUGAGAGACCCUACCCUUCCAUCACAGGCUGUCAGACAAGAUUCUGCCAGCGCCUUCCCCAAAACUGUUACAAAAGAUCCGAGGGAGACGUCCAACGACCUUCAGGAAAUGAGCAGGCUGCUUCAGGGCUCUUUUGGAAAGUUGGAGGCUUUGGACCAGAACAUGAGGUCUGGCUCUCCCGGAGCGUCCAAGAUCACCCUUAGCUCUUCCAAGGUGUGCGGUGAAGAGAAGACAUUCCCUGGGGUUGCUGAAGACAAUCAGACAAAGAGCGAUGGUGCGGGAAGUCGGUCUGGGAAAGGUGACGCUUGCGCUCGGGAGGGAGACGUUUGCCGAAACAGGCAGACGUUGGAGAAGAAACAAGUUGAGGAGGACAUUGUGGCUGCAGACAUUUCCUUUGACGAUAAUCACAGACAGGAGGACGCAUCGGGCGAUCAGGGUGGGACAGGAGAAAAAAAAUAUCCAGAGCUCCAGGAUGAGUCCAGCAAAAGACAAACUGAAGUGAACAGCACGACAGAAGCGUCUGAUUCCGGCAGAGGCUCGCCUGGUGGGGCAGCUAAAGGGCAGAGAUCCCAGCAGGACAAUUUGCAACGCGACCAGACUCACGAUGAGCCGGUGAGCUCCAAACUCCAACCUUCUCUGCACAGAACAUUAAAGGGUGAAGGCAAACAAUCCUCUACCCCUAAUGCCCCAGAGAAACCCCCUCUCUCUACCGGCUCUGGGGUAAAUAAAGUGCCUCCGUCUCCUCUCUGCUCAAGGCCUGAUGUCGGUCCUUUGGAUGAAGAGUCCAGAGAACCCAAAGAAAGCUCCAGAGACUCCAAGGAGAGUUCCAGAGAUCCAUUCAGGAGCUCCAGGGAUCUCAAGGAGACAUCCAGAGACAUCAAGGAAAGCUCCAGAGAUCCCAAGAAGUCUUCAUCAGUCAGUUCCAAGCCCCCCGCUCUGACCCCUGACACCCCGGCCCCCGGUACUCCCCCCGGCAGGAGGCAGUUGUCAUCAGUCACCGAGCCGGCGGGGGAGAAGCCCCACCACAGAUCCCCGGCAUCCGACCCCAGCUCGUCCAGCGAGAGCGAACCCACCUCGCGAGGGGCAGAGAUGCCGGUCGUCAGGGAGACGUCAGCCGUGACCCUCCUCGGUAUCAACAAACCUCUGCUGAGGCAGAGAGGCUGCGAGGCCGUCGGCCACAGAGGUUCAUGUAAUGAUUCAGAGAGUAACGACGAGUCUCUGCCGGAGCUGGAGGAACCGGAGCUGAGCGAGCCUCGGACGUCGUCGGGUCAGAACCAGCUGUCUCACUGCGCCGGCUCCGGGGAGGAAUCACUGAGCAAAUCCAAGCAGAGUCGCAGCGAGAAGAAAGCCCGCAAGGCCAUGUCCAAGCUGGGUCUGCGGCCGGUCCACGGAGUCACCAGGAUCACCAUCCGCAAGUCCAAGAACAUCUUAUUCGUCAUCACGAAGCCGGACGUCUUCAAGAGCCCCGCGUCCGACAUCUACAUCGUGUUCGGAGAAGCCAAGAUUGAAGAUUUAUCGCAGCAAGUCCACAAAGCGGCCGCCGAGAAGUUUAAAGUCCCGAUGGAGCAUUCCCCGCUGAUCACCGAAACUGCCCCCACGCUCACCAUCAAGGAGGAGAGCGAGGAAGAGGAAGAGGUGGAUGAGACGGGGCUGGAGGCGCGAGACAUCGAGCUGGUGAUGGCGCAGGCCAACGUAUCCCGAACCAAGGCCGUGCGGGCGCUGAGACACAACAACAACGACAUAGUGAACGCCAUAAUGGAAUUAACCAUGUAGCUGCCGCCCCGGCCGCACCUCCUGCCCCCGGCUCCCAGGUACCCGUUAGGUCCGGCUCUGUAUUAGACCCGCAUUAACUCCUCGGAUGCUGCUCAAUAAAUCCUGCCUGAUAACU